AGGCAUCGAGGAAAGCAAAAGUGCAAAUCGCAAAUGGCAGGAUAGCACUGGCCAAGAGUUGCUGCAGGACGCUGGAAGCCUCCGGGCACCCCCCAAUCCACGGUCCUCCGGGCUCAUUUGAAUGCUGUGCACUCCGUUUCAUAACCACUAAUGACAACAGCAAGUUCCGCUGCCAUUUUGCCAUACACGAUACACAAUUCUCACGAUUCAUCAGCUAAACCGACCUCAUCUAAUACAGUCCAUGGAGUCAAGUUCAGAUGAUGAGCAUGUUAUACUGGUUUGCAAAAACCCUGAUUCAACUGAAACGGAGUCCGGGAAGGAAGAAAUUCAUCUAUCUGCCACAGAUAUCCUCAACCGGGAUCUUCAGACUAUUCUCCGUUUCCCAACGAUCAAAAUUCGGGCACGUCGAAGUAGGCUCAUUGAGCAAUCUUCUUAUUUCCGGGGCCUCUUAUGUGGGAGCUUCAGUGAAUCAUGCCUGGGCUAUACCAUUGUUGAGUGGAACGUGCUACCAUUUAUGGACAUUCUGAAGUAUCUAUAUGACUGCCCGUUGGAGAUUACAUCAGAUAAUUUCCUCUCUCUUUAUGAGAUGCAAAUGGAGGACAUAAUACUAAUUUGGAAAUUUGGCUUGGAGCAUGAAAGUGAUUUUAUGCUGGAAUUAUGCACAAGCUAUCUAGCAAGAAAUUUUAUGUGGGCAUCACAUAGCACUUUAUUUGAAAAAAUUCCAUAUAACAUGUUGUUGUCUUCUAUAGAGCAUCCUCACCUGACUGUUGACAGUGAAAUGCAUCUUUCUGAUGCACUUUUACACUGGCUUGAAUGUAACUUCGAAAAUAUGGAGACCUUGGGCAGAGCUGAGUACAACUGUGACAGACUGUUGAAACAAAUUCGUGUUGGCCUUUUGCCAUUGUGGUUUGCAGCAGGGAAAAGAAACUUAUUUUUUAGACAGCUUGCUGAAGAAAGCCUUGAUUCAAUUUUCAGACAAUUAAAUACUCCACCCAUGGGUUCACAAAAUCUUUUAGGAUAUGAUGACUUGCAGCAUCUCAGGAUUCGACUGACAGAAUAUUCCAAGAAAGUGAACCUUUCAGAUUGUCCCCAAAUAACACCUGCAAUUCUGCUUCUGUCACUGGUCCCUCUAUCACCUCCAAUGGAUCUCGGAUUAAGAAAUAUUAUUGAACUGCUUUGCAAUAACUUUGAACACGCCAUAAGAGACAAAAGUUCAUUCCCACAAAUAAUGUCACGAACCUUGUCCUUUGAAGCAGUUCAGGAGGUAGAUAUCUCAAAGUGUCAAAGACUGCUAAUUGAAGGUGCCAUUGAAUGCUUUUGCAAGUCUUUUCCUUCUUUAAAAAUAUUGAGAGCUGCUUAUCUUCUGAACAUCAGGACAACUAAUUUUCUUCAAUUAGCACUGAAGUGCCCUCAGGUCUGUGAAAUUGACUUGACUGUUGAUAUUACUCCACUAAUGCCAACAUUAGUCUCAAUCAUAUCAUCAAGUCAUUCAGUGAUAUCACUGGUAUCAGAGAGGGCUUCUUUUGUGAAAUGUAGUUCAGUGGAUGCCUUCUUAUUCUAUGAAUCUGGACUACUACUUUCUAACAUUACCAAGCUCACCUUAGAAGGAAGAACUGAUAUCUAUGGUGAGUGCUUAUAUGAUGCACGCAUUUUAUCUAAAUGAUUUUGUAGUAAUUUUAUAUCUUUUUUUUCAAUUAAUAACCAAUCGAGUGCUCUUUAAUUGUCUAUGCCAGAUUCAGAUCUCCAGUACAUCUCCAAAAUUUGCAUUUCACUGCAUCACCUGAAUCUUAAAGGAUGCAUUUCAGUCACAGACACUGGCAUAUCAGAUCUCAUAUGCAAAUGUGUACAACUUAACUCAAUUGUGGUUUGCGAUACUUCUUUUGGGGAAAAUUCAGUUCAAGCUCUUUCCUCAGCUAUUUCAGAUUGUGGUAGCUUUUCUCUCAACAUUUUAGAGAAGCAUUUGAGUUCUGUAGCAUCUAAACUUCAAACCCUGCAUAUGGGGGGCUGCCGAGGUAUAAAUAAGUUAUCUCUGCUUAAGCUUAUGUCUCAAAUGCAACUGCUGAGGGGUCUAUGCUUGAGAGGGACAGACAUGGUUGACCAAGUACUGAAUAACUUCCCAGGUUCUUCCUUGCAGAUGCUUGAUGUUUCAGAUACUAAGAUUUCUGGAGCUGCAUUAGCUCAUAUUAUUGAAGGAAAUCCAAAUUUGAAAUGCCUAAAAGUUAGAGGCUGUAAUAAUUUAUUUCAAGAGGAAAAUUUUAUUGAGGAAAGAGAAUCUAUCUCCUCUUGUUUGCAUGAAGAACUGUGUGCCAAGCUAGGAAAGAGGUGCAGAUUGGAAGAAGUUGAAUUUGGAUGGGGCUUUUCAUCCUUCUCUUUGAAAGCUAUGGAACCUGCACUGGUGAUGUUACGGAAAAUCAAUGUAGGUUUAGGUGCAAUGCUUGGUGAAGAUGCACUGAGAAAACUACCUGCAAUUUGUCCCAUGCUAGAAACAAUAAUAUUUCAGUUUCAGGUAAUAUCUGAUGUUGUUGUGGUGAACAUAGCUACAUCCUUGACAAACUUGCGAGAGUUAGCUCUGUGCUAUUGUUUUGGUGAUAUAUCCAUAUCCAGCUUCAAAUUCUUCACGCGAAAUCUUAGGAAGUUGAAGCUUCAAAGAGUAGCCCCUUGGAUGACCAAUGAUGAUUUGGCUAUUCUGACUCAAAACUGCAGAAAUUUGGUUGAACUUUCUUUAUUGGGAUGUCCUCUUCUUAACUCAGAUUCUCAACAGAUAAUUUCGCGUGGAUGGCCAGGGCUUAUUUCAAUCCAUUUAGAGGAAUGUGGGGGAAUAACAGCAAAUGGGGUCUCUUCUCUUUUUGGCUGCAAAGCUAUUGAAGAUCUUCUCCUGCGUCAUAAUGGACCUGGGCUGCAGAAAAACUUCAUUUUUGAUGCUGCUUCAAAGAUUCCAAUGCUUAGAAAGUUGUCUCUGGAUAUAUGCGAUGCAAGCAAUGGUGAUUUUGACAUUCCAAAAACCCAUGCAGACAGAUACUUCUUGAGUAGCUUGAAGAUAGCAAGGUGCGAGUACCAAAGAUGUCCGUUUAAUCUCCCAGCCCCCUGCCAGGGAGCGCGUUGUAGGUCAGUGCACGUGGAGACGCUGGUAUUUGUAUGGAACAGCAGAGAUCUUGUUAGAACCGUGGUGAAGGAAAGGCUUUAAUGUAUGCUUCAUGUAUUUUCAAAUUUAAGAGAAAAUAAUCAAUUCAUAUCAUUUAAGGAAAUUAUUUAAGUAUAAUAA